UAGGCGCUGAGAGUGAGUCCUUGAAACAAAGAAGAGCACAAAUCCUGUCCCGAGGACUUCCUAAGCAGAAGCCUAUAGAAGGUGUUAGAGAAGUCAUUGUUGUGGCCUCUGGAAAGGGCGGUGUUGGAAAGUCUACCACCGCAGUGAACCUUGCUCUCGCGCUGGCAGCGAAUGAUUCGUCCAAGGCGGUUGGCUUGUUAGAUGUGGAUGUGUAUGGUCCUUCCAUUCCAAAGAUGAUGAACCUGAGAGGAAAUCCAGAAUUAUCACCAAAUAACCUAAUGAGGCCUCUUUUGAAUUAUGGUAUUGCUUGUAUGUCAAUGGGCUUUUUGGUUGAAGAGACUGCGCCACUUGUUUGGAGAGGCCUUAUGGUAAUGUCAGCCAUUGAGAAACUAUUGAGACAGGUUGAUUGGGGUCAGCUGGACUAUUUAGUUGUGGACAUGCCACCAGGAACAGGAGACGUGCAGUUGUCAGUUUCACAGAAUAUUCCCAUUUCAGGUGCUGUGAUUGUCUCCACACCUCAGGACAUUGCACUGAUGGAUGCACACAAGGGUGCAGAGAUGUUUCGGAAAGUCAAUGUGCCUGUUCUUGGUCUUGUCCAAAACAUGAGUGUCUUCCAGUGUCCAAAAUGUAAACACAAAACCCAUAUUUUUGGUGCUGAUGGUGCAAGAAAACUAGCACAGACCCUUGAUCUUGAUGUUCUAGGAGAUGUUCCCUUGCACCUCAGUAUAAGGGAAGCUUCGGAUAUGGGUCAACCAGUUGUCUUUUCUCAGCCUGGAAGUGAUGAGGCCAAAGCUUACCUGCAUAUUGCUUCAGAAGUGGUAAGAAGAUUGAAAUCAUCUCCAGAAUGAUUCCCAAGUACCCAGGAAAUUGUCCUGGUAUUUGAUAAUGAUGAACUGUCAAACAUGAGUAUUGUGGUAGUGUGGAACCCACAAAAAUCAUGACGAUUCUGAUUAUUUUCUUUCAUCUCUAAAGAAAUAAUGUCUCAUUUUCAGAUUUGAUUUGACAACCUAUGACUCGCAAAUAAAAUGUUCAUGUAUGUGUGC